AUGGAGGACAACAGUGCCAAGCGCAGCAAGAACUUCUCAAAACAGGAGUUGGAGCUGUUGGUGGAGGAGGUGGUUUCAAGGCGAAAAAUAUUAAUGGGGAAGUUGGAUAACGUAGUCACGGCAGAUAAUAAGAAGAGGGCGUGGGCGAAAGUUGCCCAAUCGGUGUCCGCAGUGGGGGAGACGGAGCGCGAUGCGAUUGCAAUAAAAAAAAAAUGGGAAGACGUAAAAUCCCUCGUAAAGAAAAAAGCUGCUGAGAGGGCGAGGGAGACGAGGAAGACAGGAGGAGGGACGUCCUCCCCUGUUAAACUUGACACAUUGGAGGAGAAGAUUUUGGAUAUGAUAGGGGAAUCGCUGGUAGGAGGAGUUCAAGGAGGGGUGGACACUGGAGACAACAGCUGUAUGCAGCUGCUACAGCAGACACAAACGGCUGGAGUUGCACCCACCCAAGUUAUUGUACCCACUCAAGACAUUGUACCCCCCCACAUUGAACUUGAAGUUCAACAAAAUAAUUCUGAAGAAGAUCUUACUCUGUCACAACUCAUUUCAGAGUCCAUCCUCCAGCCAACACCAGUGACGACACACAGCAUGGAGGACAUGAUCUUUAUUCAAGGAGACGUUUUGGAGGAAGUGCGGCAACUUAGAAGAGUUCAAGAGCAACUUCUACUGGUGGAGAGAGAGAGACUGCUCUUGGCCAAAGCCAAAUUUGAACUCGGUCUGCUGGGAGAUAGCUGUGACCCCUUACUGGAAAAGUGUACUCUAUGCCAAGAGAUGGACAUCAUCUUUUGUCUGGUGACUAUUCUCUCCGUGGUGCACAACCACACCAAACAGAUACAGAUACAUCUGCUGUGA